UUAAUGAUCUCACGACUAGAUAAAGAGGAGGAUGUUGUAGCCUGAAGACAUGAAUGUCCAUUUGGGUUUGGAGACCAGUGAAGAGAUUUCCAGCUCAGGCCAGGAGCUGAUGCACAAUCAAGGUAGGACUUUACAUCCACCUGUUCCGAGAUCCUCACUGGUUUCCAGUAUGACCUCCGUGUUGGAUGGAAAUGACUAUCACCGGUCGGAACACCACCUGGCUUCUUCACUGCACCCUGGGUUGGGAUUUGGGGGUGACUCUCCACCAGCGUCGGCUAACAGCUACACGACCUUGACGCCACUGCAGCCUCUCCAUGAAAAGUUCCAUCAUCACCAGCAUCAUCAAUGUGUCCCAGUUGGGAAUGUGAUUGGAAGUUUUACUCUGAUGAGGGAGGACAGGGGCCUUGGCCCUCCAAGUAACUUUUAUAGUCACUAUCCUAAAGAUAUAAGCAUGGGGCAGGGCCUUUCCUCCUUACCUAGUCCUAACUUGACAACCAUGCAUGGUUAUGGUCAUCCUUCGGGACACUUGUCUAACGAGAAGAUGGUAUCUGGAAAUGGUUUUGAUGCCCACCACAGUAUGUUCAGCAGGAUAGACCAGCACUUUUCCAGAGAGUUGUCCCCACCACCGUCUUCUGGAGUGGGGUCUCCCAACAACAUGCACCAACAUCAUUAUGUCCACCACAGAGCCGAGAUAAACUGUCGGCAAAAUGCACCCAUGCCAACCCAAAGCACUACUCUUUCCGGCCAGCUGGAAGAAAUUAAUACCAAAGAUGUUGCCCAAAGAAUUAUUGCAGAACUGAAGAGAUACAGCAUUCCCCAAGCUAUUUUUGCAGAGAGGGUCCUCUGUCGGUCACAAGGGACGCUCUCAGACCUUCUAAGAAACCCCAAACCAUGGAGCAAGCUUAAAUCUGGAAGAGAGACCUUCAAGAGGAUGUGGCGGUGGCUUCAGGAGCCAGAAUUCCAGAGAAUGGCAGCUUUAAGGUUAGAAGCUUGCAAAAGGAAAGAGCAAGAGCAAAGCAGAGCCGAAAGAAAUCACGUGCCUAAGAGGCACCGCCUGGUCUUCACCGACAUCCAACGACGCACGCUACACGCCAUCUUUCAUGAGAACCAGCGGCCCUCCAAGGAAUUGCAAAUCACCAUUGCCCAGCAGCUGGGCCUAGAGCUCUCCACUGUCAGCAACUUCUUCAUGAACGCCCGCAGGAGAAGCUUGGACAAGUGGAUGGAUGAGGGUCAUGGGCGCUCCCCAACAUCCUCGGGUUCUUUAUCAUCCAAAGGUGGCUCAGCCAUUGCUUGCACCAAAGCAUGAGAAGAUGCCUAUAGCGCUAUCAACCAAAGAUACUGUAAGCUCAGCCUUUAUGUUCACCCUUUGUCCAUUGUGGACACCAUAUGAAGAACACUGACCUGGAGGUGUCUUAAGACAAGGAGACUCCUAGGUGUUAUGAGUGAUUGACUGUUCCUUGUUCCUAAACAAAUAACAU